GAGGACACGUCAGCAACUUAAAGGUUCUUUUCAUGUAGCCGUCUUCAUGAUCAGGAGUAGUAUUCAUUGUGACGAGGCUAUCGCUAACGCUAUAGAUUCAAACAAUAAAGUUAAAGUUAAAGAAAAACGCGAAACUUGUUGGACUUCGUAAACAGUUUACGAAGUAAAUAAUGCCGACUGGGAGAGCUUUGACAAAACGUUCCAGCCCCCGUCUUGGCGGGGCCGGUUGGUUGUCUUCUGCAACAUGGUCGUUUCAUCGGGAGGCUAGUAGUAGUUCUGGGCGGGCGAGCGUGGCGAGCAUGUGGACGGUGAUGCCCCGAAUGCAGACGAGAACAAGUGGCUGUAAGGUGGUCCUGACAUCAACAGAAUUCGCAGCCGCGUCGUCUCUCGUCCGCCAAAAGCGUUGCUUUGCCUACUCCGACACAUCAGAUCGGCGGCUUGCGAUACGCGAGAGAAAAGGCCUCGAAAUUCUGGAUUUUUUCAGUGAGAACGCGGAUAUCGACUUUGCGACUAUGCAAGAGGCGAUACGGGGCCUCGCGAGCUCUAACCACCAGAAUCCGCAGCACAUGAACGAGAUUGCGACCGACGAGCGGUUCCGCCUUCUUUUGGCAAAAGUGAAGGACAAAGUGGACAACGCAGCGCUGAUCGACGCGCGCUCGCUGGCACAAUUAGCCGACGCGCUCGCGAAGCUGCGUUUCAACACGCCCGAGCUGGAGGACCUGGUUCAGAGCCUCGCCACCACGAUUAGGCAAAGGGAGAACGCGUUUUCGCCCCGGUAUCUGGCGCAGCUGGCGCUUGCGCUGAGUAGUCGCAAGGUGCACGACGUGGAAUUAAUUGAGUUUGUGCGGCAGGAGACUAUGAAGGUCGUGCAAGACAUCGAGCCGGCGCACGCGGUCGGUUUGCUGGAGGCCUUUCGCCGCUGGGGCUUCUUUGACCGGGAGAUGCACGACAUGAUCGUGGAGCGGAUGACGGACGAGGUCGACCGGUUCUCGUCCCGCGACAUUGUGGACGCACUGAAAGUGCUGUCUGAUCUGGGCCUGGUGCGCGGAUUUCUGCUCCGCCGGCUGGCGCAGCUUGCCUUCGAGAACCUGCACGUGUUCACGCCGAAACAGUUGGUCGGCAUGCUCUACUCCCUCUCCCGGUUGCGGUUUUUGGUGAAACUAAACGUGGAGGACGUGCUGGACCACCUGAGACAGGAGAUCGACCAGAACCAGCUUUCCGCGGCGGAAAACGCGAAGCUGUUUUUCAGCCUGUCGAUGCUGCAACCGGAGUACGACGACACCGAGCUGGUAAAGCUGCUCGGAACGCGGUUUCUGGACACGCACCGGACCCAAACCAUCUACAUGAUCCACAUGAUCGACGUGGCUUGGGGCGUUUGCAUAUGAAUUGCAAAAGCAUCAUGACAGUGCAGUCCUCGUAAUUGCAAUACAAAUUCGCUUCGUGGCAUGACGAAUGUUAUGGGUAAGUGGGUCUUUCUGUCUUGUAAAAGGUAUUUGUAUUGCUGCAUGACUGGGAUUAGUACCAGCGUGAUGGUUUUGCAAAUGAUAUUGCAGGUUCAAGCAUUUGUUCGACAAGGACAUGUACUCCGUGCGGAUCCGAGACCUGAUUGACCGCCUCAUGGCCAUGCCGGCGCCCAAAAAUCGGGUACUGCUCGCAAAGUCGCACGAGAUCCUGCUGUCGCUGCAGUUCGAGCACUGGGAGAUAUUUGCCGGAGCGGGGGCACCUGGACGAGGCGAACAGGACAAAAAAACCUCGGACGAGAAGAAGCACAAACAGCAAAGUUCGACCAGUACAACUCCAGCUUCUAGCUCAUCUUCUUCUAGCAAGGUGCAGCUUUCCAAGCAGUGGCAGAUUGCGUGCGAAGACGCAGACUCUGUGGCGCAGUCGAAGAACGAGAGCAGUCGACUGCAGGCAGAGCUGCUCCUUAAGCUGGAGCACACGUUUCACAAGCAAAAAAUCCAGCUGCAGCAAAAUGUGGGCUUGAGCAUGGCCACGGCCACGGAGCAAGGACGCAGGAAAGCAGCGGAAAUUGGCACGGCUAACGUUUUACGAAUUGCAACAAACAAAAUGCCAUGGCCCAGGCGUGCUGGAAAGUCAAAGCAAGUCUAUCUUCGCGAUGCUAGUAGAGUUACAUGAAAAAAAAAGAACAAGAAGCUCAAGAUUAUAGCAGGUGCAGUAUGCCAACGCUUCAGUAUUUCGAUAUAAAAGCAAAAAUAUCUGCCAACAAGCGCGGCAUAAUCAUAAAGUUGAGCGUGCAUGAGUUGAUGUUGAAAUAGAAAAAGUUAAAGUAGAAAAAUAGACGCUGUAGGUGAGCACCAGCCGCAUCCGCAUCGUCGUGAGCAAGCACGGACGAGUGUUGGGAGUGUCUGUCAUACAUUCGAAGAACAUCAGUAGCAAUGACAAGCAAAAGAGAUUUCGACAGAGACAAAGCCGUCAGGAAAUGAUGUCACUAGUCAGGCUCAGGCGAUGGCAGCGUGUUUGCACGCGAUUCCGUAUUGGUUCGCUCCGAGCGGAUUUGACGGACGAGAAAACGAAGUUGGUCAUUGACCUCGACGCGCCAAACCGUCCGAUUAACCGCACGGUGAAGCACCGGAUUCUCAACAACCUAGGUUUCCACCCGGUGUCUCUCAGCUACUGGCGCUGGCGGCAGUGCAAGAGCGACGAAGAGCAGUCCGAAUUGCUCGAGGCGAACAUCGGACCACUGCUGGGUAAAUUGCUCGAGGAAGGAGUUGUACCAGGGGCAGGAGAUGCGACGGGAAGGGCACCUUCUUAGAUGAGGCUCAGGUUGUAUAUGACGCGUGCUGCUGCAGCACCACGCACGGCACGUGGAUUUGGACCAUCAAACAUGAUAUACUAGAAGUACACUUCUCAGAGGGCUGGAGACCACAACAGCGUCGCUUGUCGGAAUCGACGGUUAAUAGGAUGGCUACCGCGGACACAAGACGUGGCGUGCCGUUUUGUAAUUCUUGAAAACUUUGCUACGGCAAAAACACCUAGUCCAAGAAGUGGUGGAAUAGUCGACGGAUUUGAAAGCACCGACGAACCUCAACAAGAAGAAGAACAUUUGGCGUUUUAUACGCCCUUUGACUUUACAAGGGCUGUUUUGAUGAUGGCAAAAGUAUCGGGAUAGGUGGAAUUCAUCUACUCUUUUCUCUACUUCCUCCAGCUCCAGCAGUGGACGGGGGAAUAAACAAAGAAAAAUCACUUUCCAGCGGGCCACUGCUAUGUGAUUCGUGUUGUUGAAAAAGUAGAUUCUUC